AUGCAAGUUUUAUGGAAUACGUUGGUUAUGUGUUGCACUGGCUUUGUGAUUAUAAUUAGCAAGUCGAUUAGCAACUCAGCGUACGAGGCACUUUGGUAUAAUAUGCCGCCAAGCGACAGUCGCAUUAUACUGUUUAUGAUAUUAAGAUGUCAGAAGCGAUUGACAAUCACUGCAGGAAGAUUUAUGGAUUUGACUUUAGAAGGAUUCACAAGUAUUGUAAAAGCUUCUGUCUCCUAUAUAUCAGUAUUAAAUGCGAUGUACUAA